AUGUUUCUUACCCUAGCGGGAGUCCCCAUGUGUCCCACCACGCCCACCAUGUGUCCUACCACGCCCACUGUGUCCCAACACGCUCACCACGUGUCCCACCACGCCCACCAUGUGUCCCACCACGCCCACCAUGUGUCCCACUACGCCCACCAUGUGUCCCACCACGCCCACCAUGCGUCUCUCGCGCCCACCAUGUGUCCCACCACGCCCACUAUAUGUCCCACCACGCCCUGUGUCCCGCCCACCAGGUGUCCCACCGCCCACUAUGUGUCUCACCACGCCCACUAUGUGUCCCACCCGCCCACCAGGUGUCCCACCACGCCCACCAGGUGUCCCACCACUCCUACUAUGUGUCCCCGCCCACUAUGUGUCUCACCACGCCCACUAUGUGUCCCACCACGCCCACUGUGUCCCAACACGCCCACCUGGCCACACUCAUAA